AUGUUUUUGAUUGGGUGACACGCUUCGGGACGUGGCAUUUCUUUCCUCACAAGUCUACCAAUCAGCUGGUUGAUUACAAUUCGGAUAGGCGUGUCUUUUGCGUUUACGCGUAUACCUUUAAUUUUAGCGUUAGAGGUACACAUUCAUACGCGUCGUCGUAAUCGUAGAGAAGUGAGGUUAGAUCAUAUGUGAUAGUUGCACCGUGUUUACAGACCAAAUCUGGAACAGAUUAUACAUUUUCCUGAUAAACCAUCGUCGCUUGCAAGUUGUACUCCAGAAAUUGGUUUCCGUACUUUCGAAGACGUGGUGAGUCUUGUAAGUCGAACAUCAGUGUAAGGAGGAAGCUGACAAGGGAGAAAAAGGCUAUCCCCAGCUGAUAGUUAAAACAAUACAUUUCACAGUACAACACUGAAGUUAAUAUAGCCAAUCAGGAGCCAAAAAUGGAUUUAUACUCCGCUGCUAUAUGUUUUGGUGUGGCAAUCGUGUCUGCAAUAGUUGUGUAUGUAGUGACUGUUUUCACAAUGAAAGAAAAAACCUAUGAAGAGGCAAUAGCAGAACAGAGAAAUAUGCCAGAAGAGAAACUGCUUUUGGGCGGUAGUACCAAAGACAAAAACAAAGAGAAAAAGCUAAAGAAAGCUGUUAAAAAGGUAAAAGAAAAAACUGCUGAACGGGAGAAGACUGCACAUUCUGAAGCCCAGAUAAAAUGUUCUUCGCCAUCUCAGAAAGUACACGUCGAAUUUGGGAAGCCAGAAGCCGAAGUACUAAACGAGGAGGUAACGCAGGAUGAUAGUAAAAAGAAGAAAAAGGUGAAAGUGAAACCAAUAUUACUGAAUAAGACUGAGCCUACAGUCGUAGCUGAUGCAACUGUAGAACCAGUCACUCAAAAUCAUUUUGAAGAAAUUCUUCCAAAAGAUGAUCUCCUGCUUAAACUCAAAGGAAGUCGAGAAGAUUUGAGAGAGAGUGCAGAGAAGAAAAAUUUACCACAUGGGCGUGAAUCCGCUAGUGGAGAGACUUCAAAAGUAACAGCAGUGUCGGUAAAGGCUGUCACAACAGGAAAUGGUGGUAAACUUAGGUCUCAGGGAGCAGAAAAGAAAAAACAUGACAACAGUGUGACUGACUCAAAAGAUGGCAGUGAACAGAAUAAAUCGAAUAAAGCAUCACCAUCAAAGUUGGAAAAGGCAAGUGAAAAAGCACCUAUUAAAAUGGAAGAAAAGAAACAAGUAACAAAAUCUGAAAAGCAGGUUGUCAAAAAUGAAAAAGCCAUAAACCGAAAUGAUGAUAAACCAAAGCAAAACAAAAUUGAAGAAUCAGGUGACAAAGGAAGCAAAGCAGUUGUAAAUGAUUCAAAGGUAUCGUCAGUUAAUGAGAAACAACAAUCAAACAAACUGGAGAUAAAAACACUUCCUACUGUAAAGACAGAGGACAAGCAGUCACAUGCAAAUAAAUUAGAGAAAGAGACAGAUAUUAAAGAAGCUUCCCUCAGAAAUGAAAAAGUAGGAACUCAAGUCACUCAGCCAGAGAUACCUGCUCCUCCUGUUGGCACUCCAGCUGCCAGAAAGAAGAAAAAGAGUGAGUUGGCAACAUUGCAACAGAUGAAUGGGGAAAAUGAAACUGUAAAUGUUAGUCUUCUGAUGUCAUUGUUACGUAAAGCAGAGCUGUCAAGGACUGAAGUUCAAGGAAUGAUUGAACUGCUCCUCAACAAACAAGGUUCAGGUGCUGCAAGCUCGGAAUGGAUUGAGGGAAGGCAAGAUCCUGUAGUCAAAUUGAAAAAACAGCUAGCAGAGAAGGAAAAAGCGCUUGCUGAGGAGCAGGAGGCUUCCUUAGCAUUCCAGAAUAAACUUAAGGAGGUGCGUUCUGAAUAUAAUGCAGAACGUUCACGACUUAACCACAGCUGCAGGCAGCUGGAGGAGGCUUUGGUAGCCAAGCAGAAUGAGUCCCAGGCACUAGCUGCACGUUUGCAGCACACACACGAUACUGCUGUUGCAGAAAAGCAGCAGAUGUCGCAACAACUCCAGCAGCUACAGUCGAAGUUAAACGAGGAGCGAUUAACAGUGAGAAAGCUGCAGGAAGAACAAGCAAAGUCUCAAAGUGUACAGGAUCAAUUACUGAAUCAGCAUCAGCAGUACGAAAUGCACAUCAGCCGUUUGACAGAGCAGCAACAAGAGUCUGAAACAGCCUACAAAUCACAGAUUGCACAGCUCCAUGCGCAGCUGCAGGAGGCAGCAAAUGUUAAUGCAGAGUUUCAGGCUCAGCAUGAAGAAAAAAUUGCUGAAAAUAAGAUGCUUAUGGAUAGGAUAGCAUGUUCUGAAGGACAAGUACUUCACCUCGAACAGCAGCUGGCCCAUUUCAAAGAGGCAGCUGAUCAUUCUCAAGAGAUCAGUUGCCAGCUUGAGGAAACCAGAGUAAUCAAUGCUGAAUUGGAACGUCGUCUCCAGCAUGCACAACAGCGAGAAGUAGAGUUGCAGUAUGAAAACAAUAAAGCGAAGGAGAGUUAUGAGUCUCUAAACACCAAAUAUGCAUCACUCAUGGAAAUCAGCAAUGAAGUAAACAAAUUAAGAAGUGAGAAUGAAAAACUUGCAGAGCAGCUGGUAUCACUGAAUGAUGCAAGGCUUGAAGCCCAGAGGUUACAAGAAGAAAAUGGUGUUUUGCAGACUCAGCUUUCAAAUUUCGUGGCGCUGCAGAAAGAAGUAGAACAGCUCAGAGAGGAAAAUGAGUCACUUGCAGCACAUGUGACUGCCAUGACAGAAAGACCAGCUGCCGAAGGUCGGGAAAACGGUGAUAAUGGCUACAUUGAAGAGAAGCAGUCUGUGAGCAAAGCUGAAGAGCUAAAUAAAGAACCAGAAUCAUACCAAAACAUAGAACUCAUUAAAUUGAGCAGUGAAUUAAAAGAAAAAACUUCACUUCUGGAAAAGUUAAAUCUAGAAAUUAUUAAUUUUAAAACAGAUGUUAGUAGACUGAAAGAUGAAUUAGAACAUCAAAGAAGUAAAAAUGAUGAGUUACGAAAAAAGAACUGGAAAGCAAUGGAAGCCCUCUCAGCAAUGGAAAAAUCCCUGCAAUCGAAAGUGAAAGACUCACAAAAUCUAGACAAUGAAAUGGCCUCUGAGAUACGUCUGCAGCAGCAAACAACGACUAGGUUGCUUCUCCAACGAAUUUUUCCCAGCAUAAAAAUAGAUGGUGAUGAGGUGCAUGAGAAAUGGGUAGAAAAGUUUGAAAAGGAAGCACACAAUCUUAUUUCCAAAUUACAGUCACAAAAGCAAGAUCUAGGUCCCGAUUUUGGAUCGAGGAACCAUUCAUCGAUGUUCAUAGAAUUAGAAAAACAAAACUCACAAUUGACAGCCCUUGUGUCUCAUUACAAGAACAUAAUUGACGAUACAGAAGGAAUGCUUAACAAACUUCAAAAGCAUGUAGAACAAGAAGAAGCACGAUGGAGACAGCAGAUUCAGCAGAAAGAAACUGAAUUGGACCAACUUCGUGAAGAACGAGAUAGGUUACUAGCAUUCAAGGAAAAUGCUUCCGGACCAGAAGAGGCUGCACGUGAGGUAUGUGGCGUGGAGUUUGCCUUUAGCUGUAUUGAAAAAUCUCUUCCAGUGAUCAUUAGUGAGUAUGCAGUCUCAGCGAUCUCUCUUCUGAUGCAGACAAAGUUAAAGGAUUUCCAAGAGAAACUGGAAAAGGAGCAAGAAGAAAAGCUAAAACUAAGCUCAGCACUGGAUGCAGCAUACAGUGAUUACAAUAGCUUACAUACCGCUCUUCAGGAAACUGAACAUUUAAAAGCAGCAGUAGAAAAAUUGGAACAGGAAAAAUCUUGGCUUGAAACUGAACUAGAAGCUGAAAGACAGAGACGAGAAGAACUGUCGAGAGAGUUACUUGAUGCAAGAAGUUUAUCAAAGACUGCAAAGGAUUUCUCAUUUCAUGAACAUGAAAUUGUAGCAGAUCUUCAACAGAAGACGGAGAAACUUAAUGGAAUUAGUGAAAAAUAUUCUUCAUCAAGUAAUGGACCAGCAAGUGAUACUGUGUCUACUGAGACACUAACCACAAAUUCUCAGCCUUUACCUGAACACAAAGAACGAAAACUGAAGAGUAAAAGGAAGAAGGGUGGAUCAGGGAGAAAAUAGUAAUCACUUGUGCAAGACCCACAAGGGAAAAAAGUUCCACACAAGACUUAUGAACCUGAAUUGAUAUUACAUUAAGAAGUUUGUGUAUAUGAUUCGAUUAAAUUUGUACAUGAUCACAAAUAAGAACAUUUAUACAACUGUAUGGGAGUGGUUGUAGUGUUUACAAAGGUGCUUAAAUUUAUACAGAAAUUGAAUAAUGUAAUUUUUAAUCCAUGUUCUAUAUAUUAACAUUGUUGAAGAUUACCUUCAAUGACUGGAUACUAUUGACCAUAAUGUGAUGAGGUAGUUUAUUCCUGCUUCAAUAUAAUUUUCAACUGACAUGUAUAUUUCUUAGUGCUAUAAAUGUACUUACUCCAGAAUAUCAUUCCUUUCCCUUUUUAAGUACAGACAAGUUACUGGAACUGACCAUACUACUGUUUGUAAGAGAAUAUAAUUGUUCUAUUGUGUAUGUUGUGUUUUAUGUAUAUUUUUUUUAAAAAUCUUUAUGAUAUAGUUUUGUUUUAAUAUUGAUACCUCAACAUUGUGCUCCUUUGUCCAGAAAUAAGUGAGAUAUUUAUAUAAGAUUUGGUUUGAUUUCCUACCAGUUUUUCAGAUCAUAUUUUUAAAGUCAGAAAGUAAUAUGAGAUCACUGGAAUGUGAUGUACCACAUUAAUGUGAAAGUAAAGCAAUUUUUGAAUUU